UUUCCUUCAACACCAACCAACAACCAUGUUCUGCUCAAACCCAAGCUAAGCCUCAUCCAUAACAACAACAACCACCACCACCACCCACUAAUUAACCCAAAGCUCUCCCUCCAAUUCAAAGAGAAGAUCCUCUGCCUUGAGAUAAUGGGCAUUGAUGCAGGGAAAGCACUCUCCCAGAACCCUAACCUCCGUACAGCCACCAUGGAAUCCAUUCAGUCCAUAAUCUCCUUCCUUCAAUCCAAAGGCAUCCACCAAAAAGACUUGCAAAGAAUCUUUGGCAUGUGUCCCAAGAUCCUCACCUCUGACAUCAAGAAAGAUCUCAACCCAGUCUUUGAUUUCCUCUUACAAGACCUCAGAGUCCCAGAUCACAGCUUCAGGAGAAUUGUCAACAAGAACCCAAGGUUGCUUACCUCAAGUGUUAUGGAGCAGCUCAAACCAGCACUGUUCUACCUCAAGAGGCUUGGCUUCAGGGACAUGGCAGCCUUGGCUUUUCAAGACUCUGUUCUUUUGGUUUCCAAUGUGGAGAGGACACUAAUUCCUAAGCUCAAGUAUUUGGAGAGUUUGGGGUUUUCAAAAGAUGAAGCUAGAAACAUGGUUUUGAGGUGUCCAGCGUUGUUUACUUUCAGUAUUGAGAAUAACUUUCGGCCCAAGUUUGAGUACUUUGCUACACAAAUGGGUAGGGAAUUAAAGGAAUUGAAAGAGUUUCCACAUUACUUUGGGUUUAGUUUGGAGAAUAGAAUAAAGCCUAGGCACAUGGAAGCUGUAAAGGCUGGGGUUAAUUUGCCUUUGUCAGUUAUGCUUAAAAGCACUGAUGAAGAAUUUAGGGAGCUAACAGGUCAGAAUAUGAGAUGACUGUCAAUAUGCUAUGUAUUUUACCAAUUGAGUUUCUUUGGUAAAUAAAUCUGUGUAGAUAGUUUCAAUGAUACUCGAAUACAACAGAAUUAUGUC